AUGGGUAAGAACGGCGAGAAGGUCUUCGGCCCCUUCUUGCCUUCGGAACAGCACGCAGGCGACGACGCUGAAGCCGCUUCUUCCCCGGAGAAGCCCCCUCACGAAUACCCUCAGGAGUCUCCAGAAGAAGUUUGGGAUGCGCUGCGUCUGCAUCUGAGUCUGCUGCUGCAGCAAGCCGCCUUCGAUCUGAACUUGCCUAUGCACGCGGCGACUGCGGCUGUGUCUGCGUUCCGAUGCGUCUUUCCAAAGUACUUCACAAAGGAAGAACUCGAAACCCGGCCGCGCUGCGUCGCGCGCUGCAUGGCGGCCUGCCUCUUUUUCGCAGGAAAGGCAAGCGACACUAACCUCAAGCUGCGCGAGAGCGUCAACUGCAUCGAGUUCCUCAACUGGAGACUCAAGAACCUCACGGAUCCUGAGCCGCCGGCGCCGGCAGCGGCAAACGGAGAGGACAUGCCCGACACAGAGGCGAAGCAGACGGAGAAAGAGAAAGAAGGCUCGGGCGACGAGCCUCCAGUCGAAAAAUCCGAGGAGGAAAGCUCUUCGAAGGGAGAGGGGCCCACGGAGGGGGAGCAGACAGACGGCCCACCAACCACGGAGGCCGCGGGCGGGGACAGGGGACAAAAGAAGAAGGCGUCAGGAAGUGAAAAAGGAGGAAGUGAAGCGAACGCGGCGAAGGAAUUGAAGGAUGAGAAACGGCAGCCACGGAGUCGUCUGCGGGGUCCGCAGAGUCUCCCGAGUUUUCUGAGAGGCUAUGAGCCGAUGGGUAUACGUGAAUAUUGGAAAAUUCGUCAGGAGUGCCUUCUUGAGGAGCAGCGUCUGUGUCAGGCGCUGGGCUUUUCUCUGGAGCUUCCUCUUCUGCACGACGCCGUGCUUGAGGCGCAGUUGCUGCUGCUUUUUUCACACAGAGAGGUGCAUCUGAUGUGGGCGAUCGUCAACGACAUUGCAGCCACGCCGUUGAUUGAUCAGUUCUCUGUCCCCGUUUUGAUCGCUGCAGCGGCCAUCUGCGCAAAGAAACUCGCCCGCGUGUUCAUUGAGGAGUCGGAGGCGGCCUCCCUCGCGAAGCGACCCAACGAACACAGCGGCGACUCAACGGGAAAACUGCGAGAGGUGAGGGAGACGGCGCCUGCCUCUGACCAGGCCGUGGCGGAAACCGCCAAGCAAGAACAGGCGUCGGGAAGGAAGGAAGACGCGCGGUACGCGAGGGGCCAGGGCACUGACGCACGCGCAGUCGAGUGUGCGAAGACCGCCGUUGGCUUUUCGAGCUGUAGUGACACUCGAGAAGUGUUGCAGCGGCUGAGUCCGCUCCUUGAGGGAUCGCCGGAAUUCUGGCCGCUUGUAGAGGCGCGAAACGCUUCCGCUCUGGAGAAAAUAGGCUUCGGGUCGCAGGGCGAUUCGCCGCGCCGGUCGCCGGCCGUGGUAGACCAGCCCCAUAAAGAAGACGCAGACAAGCAGGCUGCGAUCAGGAGACAGCAGAGGACGCAGCUGUACGUACACCUUGCCGAGGUGUGCAGCCGGCUUCUUCAGUUUUACGGCUUAGUUGCCAAGUACCACCACGAGUGA